GCCAGGGAGGCCGCCCUGCAGGAGGCGAGGAGCAAGGCUGAUGCCGCCAUAUUGAAGGCUCGGGAGGUCGCCCGUCGGGCAGAAGAAGAGGCUGCCUCAGCCAGGGAGGAGCUUCGGUCCCUUCGGGCUGAAACUGGCGCCCAACUGGCCUGUCUGGAGAAGGCCGGCUUCAAGCUUAUGCCGGUGCUUCCGGCCCCCAAAGGUGCUAUCCCGGAAUGAUGCGUCGAUACCUCCGGCUACCGGAAUACUGGCGAGUUCAUGGACUCGGCCAAGGAUUUCUGCGCUGGGGCCUUUGGAGACGUGUUCUCUCAUGCCCUGGAGAAGGUCCCGGCGAAGGAUCGUCUGAAAUACGGCGUACGGCUAAUGGGAAGCUCCCCCUUAUCGCGCCAAUUCCUUUUUUAUUCUGCUGAUAGCGCCUUCGCCGGUGGCUAUAACGAAGGGGUCAAAGCCUUUCUCCCCAUCUUUGAGAAGCUUCUGGGCCCUGACGUCAACCCGGCCGAUCAUACGGAAGAGGACCUGCUGAUCGAAGCCCUGGGGAAAAUAAGGCGGGAUAGGCGCCGAGCGGCGGCCAUAGCCAUGGGGGAUAUCCCGGAACCCCCAACCCCUGAGCCCGAGCCUCAGGUGGAAGAGCACACUCAUGCCGGGAGCCGGCCAUCGUCCCCCCAUAUGUGCUGAUUUAUAUUUUAGUCUAGCCUUCCU